AUGUACAAUCUUUCCAUCUCAUUCGAAUCCCACGAUCAAUCCUCUCGAGCUCCAACUUCUCAAAACAAUCGCUCGCCUCGCAUCGACACUUCGUACAUGCUCAAUAUGUCUCUCUCCACUAGGCCAUGCGAACCGCACGAAAUGACGUUCUCAAGCAAGCUGCCUUUUCUCGGCGUCGGCACGCCUGCUACCACCUGCCCCGGCCCCGAGUUCCGUCUUUUCAGCAAGUUGCCCCAGGAACUACAAGACCAAAUCUGGGAUGCGGCGCUGCCGAGACGCGAAAUGCCUCGGAUCAACUUCGGCUCUCUCAGAGAGGAUGUUCAUAGCGCGGACUCGAUAUUGCUGCUGAGCGACAAGAAAAUGUUCAAGAAUGCGUACAAGUCCAGGAUCCUGAACCCAUCAGCCUUGACGAACGAGAGCACCUUUCGUAUGACUUGCUCCGGUUCGCGUGCUGCUGUGUGGCGUCGAUAUGGCCGUGACCGUGCCCUGGGCUGUCUCGAAGGAUGGGUCCCGUCCGAAGACCUGGGCUUCUCGAUGACGCGGAAGGGCUUCAGAGAUUAUAUCUUGGCAUACCCCGACGACCUGUUUUGUGUGGGAAAGUUUGGUGUAGGGUCUAUGACUUUCGGCUCGUUCUCUCGAGACUCGAUACACUCCGUCAUGGCUACCUUGGGCGCGAUUGUCUGGAACAUCAGGUCCACCGGUGUCCGCGAAGUGGCCUGCGAGUUUGAUACUACACACGUGAAUUCCCUGUCCGCGCACCGGCUCGACGACCUGGCCCAAACGCUCGCGGAGUACGUCAUGGGCCUCGACAUCCGGAUCUGGGUCAUCGACUACCGCCUGGAGCGGACAUCAAUCCGGCCCCGCGAAGAUCGGUGCCGGUUUCAGGGCGACCGGUGCCGGUUUAUCGAGGUGCUCCGAACGGACACAGAGUGGACAUGGAGAGGCGGCCCGGCAUCGCCCGAUGUCUUCCAAGUAUUGAGGGCGGUGGACGUCGAGUGGCGCAUGCAGGCCACUGGGGCGGUGCCACCCAUCUCAUUCCCCCGAGGGCGUGUUCAGGAGUUGCUCCCACUCUUGCCGAGACGAAGCAGUCCGAGGCCAGAGUUUCGAAUUCUGGCGUGUGAAGUGGAUGGCUGUGAUUGA